GUCAGUGUUUUGUCAAGUCUGUACUGUUUACUUUAAUAAUUUGUCGGUGUUGUUAGUGGCUUUAAUGUAUGGGUUACCGAGUUUGAAUAUGCAUCACUCAAUUCGAAUCUAGUCCUUAUCCGAUAAUUAACUAUAGUUCAUAUUAUUUCGAAUCCGUCAAUGUCCACCAUUCAAGUUAUCUAUAUAUAUGGACUCAUAGAUCCACCAUUCAAUGUAUCUCUUCCCAUCUCUUCCCAUAUACUUCCCAUCUACUUCCCAUCUCUUCCCAUCUACUUCCCAUCUCUUCCCAUCUACUUCAAAUUUCACAAAAAAUGGAUCCACCAGAGUUUGAUCUCGAAGCUUACCUUGAAAAAAGCAAGAGAGAAGACACUUAUGUACUCAACCACUUUAGGGAGCGUAGAAAUCUAAUAUUGGAGGGUAGCGCACCUCGUGGUAGAAAAUAUCUCAGUAGAGAUCAUGCAGGGGCAAACCAAAGGCUAAUUGACGACUACUUUGCCAAUGAGCCUACAUACGACGAUGGAAUAUUCCGUCGCCGGUACCGGAUGCAAAAACAUGUGUUCCUUCGAAUCGUUGCGGACCUUUCAAGUAGUGAUAGCUACUUCACCCAGCGAGUCGAUGCAGCGAAGAAAGAAGGUAUAUCGCCCUUAGCAAAAUGCACCACAGCAAUGAGAAUGUUAGCCAAUGGUGUGGCAGCAGAUGCAGUCGACGAGUACAUCAAAAUAGGAGAGACUACAGCAUUGGAGUGUGUACGUAGAUUCUGUAAAGGAAUCAUACGAUUGUAUGAGCAAGAGUACAUGAGAGCACCAACCCAAGAGGACCUGCAAAGAAUACUACAGGUUAGUGAAAUGCGGGGGUUCCCAGGCAUGAUCGGGAGUAUUGACUGCAUGCACUGGGAGUGGAAAAAUUGUCCUAAAGCAUGGGAAGGUCAAUUUGCUAGAGGGGAUAAGGGAACCACCACAGUUAUUCUUGAAGCAGUUGCAUCUCCUGAUCUUUGGAUCUGGCAUGCCUUUUUUGGAUGUCCGGGAACCUUGAACGAUAUAAACGUUCUAGACCGGUCACCAGUGUUUGAUGAAUUGGAACAGGGAAACGCUCCACGUGUGAAUUUCAUCGUGAACCAACGUCCCUAUAAUAUGACAUACUAUCUAGCUGAUGGUAUCUACCCUUCUUAUCCAACUUUUGUCAAGUCUAUUAGACUUCCUCAAACUGAACCCGAUAAGUGCUUUGCAAAACAUCAGGAGGGAUGUCGGAAGGACAUCGAACGUGCAUUUGGAGUGCUUCAAGCUCGUUUUAAAAUCAUCCGUGAACUAGCUCGCUUCUGGGACAUAACUGAUUUGGGUAUCAUCAUGAGGUCAUGCAUCAUAUUACAUAAUAUGAUUGUUGAGGAUGAACGAGAUACAUAUGCUCAACGCUGGACCGAUUUUGAGCAAGCUGAGGGAAGUGAAUCUAGUACACCGCAACCAUACUCGACCGAGGUGUUACCCGCUUUUGCGGAUCACGUGCGUGCUAGAUCCGAGUUCCGUGAUCCAAAUGUCCAUCACCAACUACAAGCAGAUCUAGUGAAGCACAUCUGGGCAAAGUUUGGAAUGUAUGAUGAUUAAAUAUGCUUUGUAUCGUACUAAUUACGUUAUUUGUGUGUUGUGUGUUUAGUUUGUUGUCUUGCAUUUUAAGUUAAGCAAAUAAAAUGUAUUAUUGUGUGCUUAGU